CCCUUCAGUAACCUUCACUGGUGUUGCUACAUGUGUGCAAACAAGCCGUCCACUGCCGGUAACAGACCUUUAACGUGAUAAAGAAAAAUGGCUAAAUAUCUAGCACAGGUGAUUGUGAUGGGAGUACAAGUGGUAGGACGUGCUUUUGCUCGUGCCUUAAAACAAGAAUAUGCAGCCAGUCAAGCAGCAGCACAGGCGAGAAACACUGCAGGUCAGCAGUCCGCUGCAGCCUCCAGCAUCACUGGGAUGACUGUGCAAGAGGCUCAGCAAAUUCUCAACAUCUCCACACUCACCCCUGAGGAGAUUCAGAAGAACUAUGAUCACCUUUUCAAAGCCAAUGACAAGUCAGCGGGCGGUUCAUUUUACCUACAAUCAAAAGUGGUGCGGGCGAAAGAGCGUCUAGACGAGGAACUGAGUAUUCAAACGGAUCAACAAAAACAAAAGCAACAGAAUACAGAAACAUGAAAUAUAAAAUGAUACUUGCUCUCUUUUUCCUUUCCCCAUCCUCUGUAAAUUAUAACCUAAUAAAAGCCAUCACCUUUUCUCUA